GUUCAAAACACAUGGAAAUAGAAACGCAAUUUUUUCUGUUAAAUAAUAAGCUAUAUGCAUCAUUCUGCAAAGUUAUCAGUUUAUAUGAAACUACUCGAAAACACCAGGUUCAAUUGUACGAAUCGUGAUUUUUUUUCAUAACCUAAAAUGUCGGAAACCUCACAUCCAUCUCGCGAUCCAAAAAAUCUCAGCGAACCAUUCGCAGUCAUCGAAUUUCUCGAGAAAAACGAAAAAGGGCUACCAUGCAUUGAUUUGGUGCCGAAAAAAUGGUUUAAUAGUGCAGAAGAAGACACCUGUAAAUUCCCACCGACAACUGAAUAUCAUCUACUUGACGACUACUUGGAAAAAUUGCACUCGCCCAAGGACUCUUGGCAAAGUUAUCCAUUUUGCUUCAUCACCGGAGCAGCUGAUUUGGAUCAGGGUCGCAGAAGAUUAAAAAAGGCCCAAGUAACUCUCAACUGUGAGACAACCGAUGGUGAAAAUGAUCGAAAGGGGGGGAGGUCCGAAACUUCCUCGAAAGCAAAAAUUUCAGCAAAACCCUUAACUGCAUCAAAGUCUCAACUAAACAACAUCUUUAGUACUAAAAUCCCGAUUCCACCUAGAAAUCAAACUCCAAAGUCUGGUAUACAAGCAAAACCAAAGACAAGAUUUCAAAGCAUUUACCAGAGUGGAUCUGACUCUGAAGACGAAAAUCAUGAUUGUCUUAUAGCUAAUCCUGAGGAGAUUCGAGCCUCAAAGGCUCAAAAUAAUUCUGGCUUUUUGCAAAUGUCGAGUAAAUCGCGAUCUGUACCAACAGGUGCAUGUUUAUCAUUUAAACAGCGGUCAAGGAAGAAUAUUACUUUGCUUAAAGACGUCGAAACUGAUGAAUCUGAGAGCAAUGAUUCCUCCGAUGGAAUUCUGCAGUCACCUACAAAAUCGAUGGACUCAGCGAGAAAUACAAGAAAAGAACUUCAUUUGACACCUCCUUCACCACUAGUCCAUAACGCUUCAGGUAACCGAAAAAGGCGUGCAUCGUCUACUACACGCGCUGAAGACGGAUUGAAUUCGAUUGUGAGCCCAGGAACUCCAAAAACUUCACGAUCAAUGAUGGUACCCCCUGCUAAGAUGCCAAAAAUGCUGGGACCACAAAACCAGUUGUCAUCUAGUCAUUAUGCUGAUAAUGAACGUCGAAUCCUGAACUCCCUUCGAGAUUACUUUGAUCAGCAAUUAGAUGAAAAGCUCGAAAAUUUAAGACGCAGGAUGGCUUACGAUUUAAAGCAGUCUAUGAAUGAGCUCAAGACCACAAUCAUUGGCACUAAUCUAGCCCCAGCUUCUGGUCCUAGCUUGCUUGAAAUACAGAAGCAGAUGUCUACGCCACUACUAUUUGAAAUGGAUGAUAAGUUCCAGGAAUACGAAGCGAUAUUGACAACGGACCCAAAUCUCGUAGAAACACUGCGAUUAUUCAUGAGAGUUUUGAUAAGCAAUAAAAAAGAGAUGAAAAUAUGUGUUUCCACUAUCCUAUCUGCGGUUCUGAGGAAGACAGUGUCACUGCACUAUUCUGGUUACGGAAAGGAAGCUGGCGGAAAGAAAAAGAAAAAUUUUUAUAACACUACAGUAUGCAAAGUACUGAUUGAUGUGAUAAUUGAGGUAAUAGGAUCCAGCACUGAUGAGAAGAAGAUAAUGUCAGAAGUAAGUACUUGGUUGUCACGUUCUGGCGAUCGAGAGGGUGGGCGUAAGGAACGACAACGCGGGUCAAGUCAUCAUAACGAGAAUAAUUCAGUUUGUUCCUUUGAUACCAAUCGAUAAUACUUCAUUUUUCCGGGAUAAAUGGAAUUGUAAAAUCACUGUGUUAAUAUGACUCCAUUAGUUCAUUUUCGUAAUUGUAUUAGUUGUGAUAUUCUUGAUAAAAGGUACGAUUAAUAGGAAAAGUUUAUAUUAUCAAUAUAUUUUUAUCGCGAGGCGUUUCAUUGGGCAGAAUAUAUAUUAAUAUAUGAAUAUUGUUUAGUAUUCGGCUGUCAUUGAAGUAUUAAUUAUAUUUAUUAUAUUUCUCCUGGCGAGGUCGGAAAUCCAGAAGAUGGAAAUAACAAUUGGAAAAUGUGAUGUAUCUUAGCAUAAUAAAGUAUUUUCUAUGUCAUUUCCUCAUAAGUUAGAUCACGGGAAUAAAUAUCCGUUGUUGGUUCAGGGAUUAAAUAUUAUGUCCAAAAGUUUAAAGGGAAAAAUAAUAAGUGGAUUUUUAAUUUUUAAGAAAAAUUCUAAUGAAAGUAAUUUCAGCCAUUGAGAGCUGUUUUCAGUAUUUGGUGAUUCAAGUCAAAUAAUAUUUAUAAGGUUGAAGUUUCACAAUCGGACUGCGUCCAUAUUCCCCAAAGAUUUCAAAUUUAAGGGUUGAAAUUAAUUAGUUAUAUGUAAUCCUAUCCAAGACUUUUUUAUAUUUCUAAGUUUGUUUGAAAGAGUGAAUAUAAUAAGCAAUAUUAUAUAGAACUAGCACACAAUCAAUGCAACUAAAUAUCAUUCUGUGUUCCGGAGUUGCAGAUGGAGAAGACAUUAUUGUAAAAAAAGGACGUCUUUCCGAGAUGAAAAAAUAAUUCUUAUCAGGAUAAUUCGUAUCAGCAAUUGUCUAUGGAUAUAAGAAUUAAUUCUUAUCAUCCAUAGCGGAAUAAAUUAUCCAUAAUAUUGCUAUUAUAAUGACUGUUUUCAUGCUUGAAUUGAAGCACGAUAAUUUAUCAAUUCUAAACUACUAAUUUAAAAAAUAACAUUGGUGCGUUAUUUUGUUGGAUAUUUUGUUAAUACAAUCUUCGAAUUCUGAAGACUGACUGCUAAUAUUAUUAGAUUGUAAGAGAGAGUUUAUUAAGACUUAAUAUGGUAUGUCGUAUUAAAUUUCGGAUUCAAAUGAUCUACGUAGAUUAUUUAUUUUAAAAGCGGAUGAAAAUAAUCCACAAAAGAUUUUUCUACAAUUUAUACCUGCAAUCAUUUUUUUGAGUUUUCAUAUUCUGUUCGCGGAAAAAUCUCAUAGUUGUGAUUAUCUUUCAUGAAAAUUGGAGAUACAAACACUGCAUAUCUUUAACUGUUCAACCAAAAUCGGAUGAAAACAUGUACUAUGUCGAUAGGAGGAAAAAAGUUUUUGAUUGGCUGAGUUUUUUUGUCAAUAGAUUUAAUAAAUUUAAAUAUAAGUUUUGUCACAUAAUAAAACUGUUUUCUGUAUAAUGUUGAAGGUAAUAAAUACAUGUCUGCUUAUCA